AUGAAUGCUUAUAAUACAGAAGGAAGAUAUUUAUUAAUAGUUUAUGAAAAAGUAUUUAAAAUAAUUUAUAUAAAGAAUUUAAAAGAUAAUAAAAAUGAUAAAAUUAAAGUUCCUUCAUUAUAUAUAUACAGAAAAAAUGGAAAAUGUUCAGAAAAAUUAAUAAAUAAAGACAAAAUACGAAAAAAAAGUAGAAAAUUUGGUAGUACAUUGAAUGAAUUAAUUAUUGAUAAUAUUAUUGGUAGUAUAGAAAUUAAAAAUGAAUUAUUUUUAUUUGUUGUUGAAAAGUGGAGAUUAUUAAGCAAAUUUUUUUAUUUAAAUAAAUAUAGAAGUAUUUAUAAAAUUGAAAAAGUUCAUUUCGUUCCAUAUAAUAUUAAUAUAGUUACAAUGAACACUGUAAUAAAUAAUUCUUUAAAUAUAGAUGAUAGUUCAACUAAUUUUUUUAUAAGUAACUCAAAAAAUAAUGAAAAUAUAAAUAAAAAUUUUGAGAUUAUUAAUAAUUCUUUUAAUUUUAUGUAUAACAAUAAUAUUUUACUAUCUAAAGAAAAUAAUAACAUUGAGAAAAUAAUUAACGUAUCCAAUGAUACUUCUAGUAAUUUAUAUAAUUCUAAUAAUGAUGUGGAUAAUACUUAUAAAAUUAAAGGUGAUAAAAUUUACAAUCAGAACUUUUCAAAUAAAAAUAAUAAUAUAGGAAAUGACGUUAAAAUAAGGAAAAAUUCAAAUAAUACUGAAAUAACAGAAAACAUUGAAUAUAAAAAUAAAAAUACUAAUAAUAAUAACAAAAAAGAUGAAAAAAAUAAAAAAUUACUUACUUUUAAUAGCGCAAAGAAAUGGCUAACUAAUCAAUUUCAUCAUAAAAAUAUAUUAAAUAUAAUUUCAGAUAUAACCAAUUAUGAUAGCAAAAGUGUAAAUGAAAAUGAAAGAUCAAAUUCAAGAAUAUGUAAAGAAAACAAAUUUAAUAAUAAUAAUAAUAAUAAUCAAAGAAAAGAGAAUGAAACAAAUGCAAAUUCUGCAACUAUUAAUGAAAAUGUUUUAUUAAUGAAUAUUAUAAGUGAUAAAGAAGAAUAUAUAUCUAAAAGUAAUGUAGACAAUGAUAAUAACAUAAAUUGCUCAUAUCCUAAUAUAUGCAUAAAUAAUGUAAAUAAUGAUGAAAAUACUAUUAAUUCCUUAAAGAGAAAUGUUAAAUUAAUUGAUAAUGGAUUUUAUAAUCAUAGAAAUGAAAAUGAAAAAUCACCAAUAAGUUUAAAAGAAAAUAAUAAAGGAAACGAUGAAGAAAAUAAUUUAUACGAUGAAAAGAAACAAUUUAAAUUAAGAGUAGACAAUAAUUACGUAAAUAAUAAAGAUACUGACCAAGAUUGUUAUAAGAAUCAAAUACAUAACUGUUAUGUUAACAAUACGAAUAUAUAUAUAAAUAAAGAAAAUGAUUAUAAUUUGAAAAAAAAUUUAUGCAAUUAUAAAAAUGAAGAAAAUUCAAUAAAUGAUGCAAGAAAAAAAAGCUCUGAUAGUAAAGUUUCAAUACACAAUUCAUCAGAAAUUAAUAAAAAAGAUGAAUCAAAGAAUUCAGAAGAUACAAUUGAAGGUAAUAUAAAAAAUCUAAUUAAUAAUACUUAUUUUAGUGUAAAAAACAAUGUUACACUAUGUGAAGAUAAUAUAAAAAAUGAAAAGAGGAAUUCAUAUCCUGUUAAUUUUAAACAUUCAAAUGAUGAAAAUAUUAAAAAUGAAGAAAAAAAGUUGAAUUCCAAAAUGGACAUACAUAAAAUAUUAAAAGCUAUUCAGAAAUUAUUAACGGUUCAUAUGUACUAUUCAUAUGAUUUUGAUUUAACACAAAGCAUUCAAAAUAAAACUAGAAAAAACAUUGAGGAAAAGGAAGUUGAGCCAUUAUCUUCAUCAUAUAAUAAAAGAAAAUCAUUAUUAAACAUUUGUGAAAAAAAAUUUAUGUGGAAUUAUCAAAUGAUAAAGAAAAUGAAAAAUAAAAGUAAAAUAGACGAUAAUUGGUUUUGUUCCUUAAUUCAAGGAUAUAUUUCAUAUACAUCUAUAGAGAUAAAUAGAAAAUGUUUAGAAUUAUUAUUAAUAAGUAGAAGAUCAGCAGUCUUAGGUGGCACAAGAUUUAAUAAAAGAGGAAUAAACGAUGAUGGAUAUGUAGCUAAUUAUGUUGAAACGGAACAGAUUAUUAGGAUUAGUAAUAAAAAUAUUAAUUUUGCUGACAGAUUUGAUCAAACUAAUAAUUCCUUCUUAAAUUCAAAUGAAUUAAAGAAGAAAAGCAUAAAAGCUUUUAAUCCAAAAAAUGAAAAUCAACAAAACUCUUUAUUUAGCAAUAGCUCUUCAUCUAGUAAUCCAAAUGAAAAAAUAACUAAUAUAAGGUGCCCCAAUAAUAAUGAAAAUAUAAGUAAUCAAAAUGAUUUCAGUAAUAAUAAUAAUUCUAAUAACUUUGAAAAUAGAAUUAUUUCUUUAGUUCAAAUAAGAGGAUCUAUUCCUUUAUUUUGGAAACAACAUUCGAUGUCAUCUCAUAUAAACAUUCAAAGAUCUUCAUUAUUAAGUAUUAAGGCUUUUAAAGAACACAAUAAGAAAUUAAUUAAUAAUUACGGUAAUAAUAUAUAUUAUAUAAAUUUGUUAAGCCAAAACAAGAGUAAUGAAAAAAAAUUAACAAAAAAAAUGGUAGAAUUGAUAAAUUAUAUUAAAAAAGAUAAAUAUUAUAAAGAAAAAGAUUUUAUAAAUUAUAUUGAAUACGAUUUUCACAUUUCUGUUAAAAAUAAAAGUUUUGAAGAUGCAAUGAAUGAUUUCAUUAAUAAAAUAUUACUUAAAGAGAUUAAAAAUGUUUCUUUUUUUAUAGAGCCUUUAAGAUGUAAUGACAAUGUUAUUAGAACAAAUAAUUCGUAUAAUUUUCAAAAUGGUGUAUUUAGAACAAAUUGUUUAGAUUGUUUAGAUAGGACAAAUGUAUUUCAGUAUUAUUAUGCUUUAUAUUUUAUCUUAUAUAUAUUACAUAUUUCCAAAAAUGAAAAUUUUUUGAAUCCUGUUAAAAAAUCGUAUUUAUGUUUUUAUAAAAAUGUUAAUAGCAUGUUUAAUAAAGACAAUAUCACUAUUUUAACUACUUUACCUACAGAAAAUUACAUUCUAGAUUUAUCUGAUAAAUAUGUAUUAAGUAAAAAUUAUGAAUUUAAUGAUAAAAGUAUGUUUGAUGAUUUUUAUUAUGUUAAAAACAAAAAGAAGUUAAACGAAAAGAGUGUAGGAGAUGGUGAAGAAUUAGGUGGUAUGGAAAUAGAAAAUAACAAAGAGAAGAAAAAAUAUAAUUAUGAAAAAAACGAAAGAGAAGACAAAAAGAGAAGUGAACAAACGGAAGAAUAUGUGCGUAUAUUUAAACAUUUAUUUAAAAAAAUGUGGGUAGAAAAUGGAGAUAUUAUCAGUACACAUUAUACGGGAACUGGUAGUGUCUUUUCUUCUCAGAUUAAUGUAGGACGAUCAUCAUUAAGUACUAAUAUUGAUCAUGCAAUCAAAUCCAUUGAGAGAUUUUAUCAAAAUAAUUUUGAGGAUAAUUUUAGGCAGGAAUGUAUUGAUAUUAUUUUAUGCAGUGGAAAAUAUAAUAAAAAAAACGAUUUAAUUGACAAAGAUUUUAACUAUAUGUUAAAUUAUAACAAUUUUUCAAAAAAUGAAAAAAAUUAUGAUUUAGAUAGUAAACAAGAUGAUAUUUUUUUUUAUCACAAUCUUCAUCAUAACAAUAACUAUAAACAAAAUGAUAAUCAAAUUAUGAUGUAUGAGAAAAAUGAUAAGAGUGAAUAUGAGAAAUAUUUAUAUAAAAUUGAAAUUGAAAAAUUAAAGAAAAAAGAGUUAUUUAAUGAUAGUAAUAAUCAAAAAGAAGAAAUUGUAGAAAAAGACCUUGAUAAUUUCAAAUUGGGAAAAGAAUACAGAAAUGAUGAAAAAGAAAUGGAAGAAAAAAACAAUAGAGAUGAAGAAUAUGAAGAAGAAUCAAGAAAUGAAGAUGAAGAAAUUGAAGAAACUGAAGAAGAAAUAGAUGAUAAUGAUGAUACUGAAGAUUCAGAUAAUGAAAAUGAAGACAAAAAGUACGUAGUAGAUAAUGAAGAUACUGAUGAUGAGGUAGAAAAAGAAUAUUUAAGUGAAAAUAAAAGAAAAGAAAAAACAGAAUUAAAUAACAAAAACAUGAGUGACAUUUAUUCAAAAUCUAAUAAUAGUAGUAGAUUAAAUAACACUAAUGAAACUAAUAGUACAACCACAGAUAGUAUACAGAAACAAAGAAAAAAAAUAAAUAAUAAAAAGAAAGUAAAUGUAAAAGGAAAAAACAAAGUGUUAUAUAUGAAUAAUUUGUAUAAAGAAAAAAUAUAUGUAUCUGAUAUUAAUAAUAGAAAUGCCUGUAACGAUUACAUAAACAGUGAUCUUAUAAACAAUUAUUAUAUAGAAAAUGAUGAUUCAAAAAAUAUAAAGAAUUUUACAAAAAAGAAAAUUAUUAAUACUGAUUAUGAAGAAAAAAUAAUAAAACUAUGGAUAGGUAGCUGGAACUUAUGUGGAAGUGAUUUAUAUGAAUUAAAUGAUAUUUCUUCUUGGCUAAAUGAAAUUAAUGAAUAUGUAGAUAUGUAUGUAUUUUGUUUUCAAGAAGUUGUUGAAUUAACAGGAUUUAGGGUUCUAAUGAAUAUGAAAGAUAAAUUUAAAGAAAAGAAAAUUGAACAAAAACUUACACAGUCUUUAAUGGAAAUGUCUCAAAGACAAAAAGAAUUAUUUCAUAAAAAGAAAAAUAAUAAUAAUAAUAAUAAUAAUAAUAAUAAUAUAAAUCGUAACUAUAAUGAUAAAGUUGAUACAUAUAAUAAAAUUCAUGAAAAUAAUGAUAAAAAUAUAUUUUAUGAACCACCUUAUAGUAAUAAUAAUACAAAAAAAAUAAAUGAGGAAACAAUAUCUAAAUACGAUUAUUAUAGUAAUCAUUUGAAACAUCUCAAUGAACAUUUUAUAAGAGAAAAUAAUUCAAAAUCAUUAAUAAAUGAAAAUAAAAAAAAAAUAGAUAAUGAAGAACAAAAAUGUAGUAAUAUUGCUUUAUUAGAUAUUUCAAAAAAUUGCUUUUUAAAUGAUUACUUUAAUAAUUUAGAUGAAAACAGUUCUUUUUAUAGUACCAAUAAUAAUGAAAGAAAAAAGUCUAACUCAUCUUUAUUGGAAAAUACAUUCGUUAAACAAAAAAAAGAAGAAAAAUUAUUUUUUAAAAAUGAACAUAUAGAAAAAGGAAAGAAAAUAGAAAACAUUAUUUAUAGCAAUGAUGUACAUGAGGAAAUACGUGAAAUUGGUAUAUCAAAUGGUUUAAGAAAGAAUAGUAGUUUUUUAAGUAAUAAUAUAAUAAAAAAUAAUGAUAGUAAUUUAAAUUCAAACAUCGAUGUACCUUUUCAAUGUAAAAUUGCAAGUAAUUCAAAUAAAAAUUUAAAUAAUUCAAGUAGACAUGAAUGUUAUUAUAACUUAAAUGAAGAAAAUGUACUUGGUUUGGAUAAUAAUGAAAAUGUAAAAAAUUUAGAUAAUAUUUUAAAAAUGAAAAAUCAUACAAAGAUAGAUUUGACUACAAUGAAUAAUGAAAAAGGAAAUCAUAACAGUGGAAAGAAUAAUAGUUAUAAUAACUUGAAGAACAGCAGUGAUGAUGAAAAAAUAAACAAUUUUAAUUAUAAAAAAAUACAAUGUAAUAAUGAUAAUAACAAAAGUAUAAGUAUAAAUAAUAUGAACUUGAAUAAUAUGGAGGAUAUUUUUGUUGAAUGUAAUAACAAUACUAAUGAUUUAUUGAACCUAAAAAAUAAUGAAGAACCUUUUUUUAAUUUUAAUGUGGAUUCUGGAAAUUUACUAAAUGAUAAAUUAAAAAUGAAAGAUUUUACAAAUAAAUAUAAAGAAGAAAAUAUGCAAAAAUAUAAUAACCCUUUGCAAAAUUCAAGUAAUUUAAAAAAUACUAGUAUGCUUUUAAAGGAUAUUUCAAGCAAAUAUUUUCUAAACUUAAGAAAAUUUAAAUAUGUAAAAUUAAAGUCUGUUUCUAUGAUUGGCUUAUUUAUAAUUAUAUUUAUUGAUGAAGGUCUAGUUGAUUACAUAAGAGAAAUUGAAGUUUGCAAAGUAAAAGUUGGAUUGAAAGGAAACACUGGAAAUAAAGGAAGUGUUUCUAUUAAAUUUAGAUUAGGUUUCAACUCUUUUUGUUUUAAUAAUAUUCAUUUAGCAUCAGGACAAACAAAUAUUUUUGAAAGAAAUACUCAAAUGCAAAGUAUUUUAAACAAUAGCUUUCAAAAUCAAGAAUUAAAUAAUUUAUUUAAUUUUGAUUAUUUUUUUGCAUGUGGAGAUUUUAAUUUUCGUAUUAAUAAAAGUCAUGAAGAAGUUAUUAAAUUAAUUGAAAAUAAUAAUGUCAGUCAAUUGUUACAUUAUGAUCAAUUUAUAUACAACAAAUUAUAUAACAUUUUACCUUUUUGUUUAUUUUAUGAACAUCCUAUAUUAUUUAAUCCAACAUACAAAUAUAAAAAAAAUUCGAACAUGUAUGAUAUAAGAAGAACACCUGCAUGGUGUGAUAGAAUACUUGUAAGUGGUAAAUUAAUACACUUAUCUGAAUUAGAAAAAAAAAGGAGAGAUAAAUGUGAAGAAACAAUUGGUUUUAAUGAAAAUAAAAGUAAAAGAAAUGAUAUUAUGAAUGGUAGAGAUAAUAGCAAAAGCAAACAAUUCAUUAAUAAAAAUCCUGAUUAUUUGAAUAAUGAUAUGGAUAAUUUUUAUCAUAAUGAUAAAAUAUAUUUCAAAUAUUUAAAUUAUAAAACACAUAAUAAUUUUUUUUCAAGUGAUCACAAACCAGUUAGUUCAAUUAUUGAAUUAAAAGUUUUUUUUGAUAAAAAAGAUAUUGAAUAUAAAUUACUCAAUUCAUAUAGUAUGAAAACAAAUGAUGAAUUCAAUAACAUAAACAAAGGUUCUAGUAAUACGAGCAACAGUAGCAAUAAUAAAAAUAAUAAUUUAUUUGAUUAUUUUUUUUCGAAUAGUUCUGGUAUAACUAAGUACACCGCAUAUCCAAUUUCACAGAUUUUAAAUUACUCAAAUACUAUUAACACAAAACUUAAAAAUGAAAUGAAUACCCAUUCCUUUAAUGAUGAUACAGUAAAAAAUUCAAAAAAAUUAGAUGAAUAUUCACACACUAAUAAAAAAGACCUUAUUUUAAAUAAUGAAGAAAAAAAUGAAAAGAUUUUUUCUUCUAAACUUAUAGAUUAG